AUGGCACCAAUCCGGCGAUAUCUGCGCAUCAGCCGCCAUUCUGUUCUGGAGUGUCGGAUCUUUCUCGAGAACCCCGCGGACCGUGAUCGUUGGCUGCUCAACCCACAAGAUCGCGCUCUCGACCGCAUAUUCGAUGCUGUCAAGCCAUACGUGCUGCCCAAGCUGCGUGAAGAGAAUGAGCGCGUCAAGGGUAAAGGCAAAAAGAAGAAGAGCGUAAAAGAUGUUGUACGGCAGGACGACUUCGAAAUCUCGAUCUUCUUGACUGAAGUUGGUACAAGGCACGCGCUGAUUAUCAAGAAUAAGACCUUCCAACAGCGUGAGCCCAUCAAGAGCAAUAGUAGCAAGAUGCUUGGUGCUGCUGGCGGACCGGUCACUAUUCACGAGGAGAGUGAUGAGGAAGAUGUCAGCAUGGGAGACAUUCCGGCUGCCAUCAAUGUUGAAGAUGAUGGGAGUGGCGAGGACCAGACUACUCGAUAUCCAUCUGGCCGUGAUGGCGCCACUGGUUCAGAUGAUAAAAAGAAAAUGGGCUUUACGACAAGCUACGAUGGCUUCAACAUCUGGGGUCUCGUAUUGUGCCUCCUCGUCGAACGCAAAGGCGGCAGCAUCAAAAAGCCUCAGAACGUUCCUGCUGGAAACGCCCAAGCCCUCAUGGAAGAAUGGAUAUCGACUCAACGCGAGCAGAUUGACGAUUGA